UUAAGGACAUUCUACCACAAACAAUGCAGUUACCAAUCGAUACAAUCUCCAUACACUGACAUCAAUAUCGACAUCUUGAACCUUACUGAAUGCAUAGCAAGAACUCAUUAUCAGUUACAAAGUCUGAUUGUCUCAGCUGGAUCGAUAUAUUCAACAAAAAUUUUCGUGCUCUCGGGAAAUAUUCCAAAAGAAGAGUUAAAGAAAUAUGGCAUUAAAGUAAUUAGUAAUUUAUCAAUUUAUGUCGUUCGCAUUCCCGAUUUGGUCUGUGUUAAUGGAAGGAGCUCUAAAAUUGUAUGAUACCAAAUACGAACAGUUUAAGACGAAUAAUUUCAGAUUAAUAGAUAAACAUUUUCCUCUUUGUAGGCAAUUUGAAUUUAGUGAAAGGAAUUAUUGGAAAUGUGUGAUAAAGGAAUGGUGAAUUAAAAUAUGUUUAACUAUAAAAAUUAGUCUGUAAUACAAAAAUAAAUAUUAUAACAAUAAAUAAUUUAAACACAUUUGGUCUAGUAUAGAACUAAAUUAUUAGAAAUAUAGAAGAAAUAUAUAUUGUAAUUCAAAAGUUGCCAAAAUAGGUUUUUUUACCGAAUAUAUAAUUUAUAAUAUAUGUAUAUUAUUUUUAUAUAGUCAGUAUAAUUUUUAG